GUGGCUCGGAGGGGGUGGGGAGCGGGUCGCUUAUCUGGCCCCUUAUCGACCCAGGGACCCGCCCGAGCUGGACAAACACCCCUCCACCCCCACUGCCUGCCCGGCACCUGGGCCUCCCAUUCUUAGAACAGAGCAGAUCAGAGCUGGGAGGUACCUCUGAACAGAAAACAGAAUGUCACACCAGGGACGGAGCCUAGAACAUGGAAUGGCGGAUCUGAACGGGACUCUGGAACUGAGAAUGGGAAGGCCCCUCUAGAAUCAUAGGAUCACGGAUUUUAAAGCUGUCUACCCACCGGUGACCCCGAUGAGCACGAUGACCCCACUCAACUCCUACAUGACCCUGAGCCCCCUGAGCCCCCCCUACCCCCCUCCCGGCCUCCCCGCCUCUCCCCUCCCCGCCGGCCCCCUGGCCCCCGCAGCCCCCCCGGCGCCUCUGGGACCUCCGUUCCCGGGUCUGGGACCCAGCGGGGGCAGCGGGGGGGCCCCGGGGUACGCCGGCCCGGGACCCGUGUUGGGUCGGCCGAAGGAGGCCCCGAAGGGCAGCUACCGCCGUCCUCUGGCCCACGCCAAGCCCCCCUACUCCUACAUCUCCCUCAUCACCAUGGCCAUCCAGCAGGCCCCCGGCAAGAUGCUGACCCUGAAUGAGAUUUACCAGUGGAUCAUGGACUUGUUCCCGUACUACCGCGAGAACCAGCAGCGAUGGCAGAACUCCAUCCGCCACUCGCUCUCCUUCAACGAUUGCUUCGUCAAGGUGGCCCGGUCCCCGGACAAGCCGGGCAAAGGCUCCUACUGGGCCCUGCACCCGGGCUCCGGCAACAUGUUCGAGAACGGCUGCUACCUCCGGCGGCAGAAACGCUUCAAGCUGGAGGAGAAGGUCAAGAAAGCGGACGGCGGGGCCGGGGGGGCCGGGGGCCGGGGAGCCGCCCCCGCCGGGGCCGCCCCGGCCGCCUUGUCCUCCUCCCCGCCGCCCCCCGCCGGGCCCCCUCCUCUGGAGGCAGAGGCUCCGGGCGGGGGGGAGGGGGCGGCAGGGACCCUGAACUGCAGCUCGCCCCCGCCCUCCGGGGGGCCCUACUUCCCCGGCCUGGAGCUCCCCGGGGAGCUGAAGCUGGACGUCCCCUAUAACUUCAACCACCCCUUCUCUAUCAGCAACCUGAUGUCGGAGCAGGCGGCGCCGACCCCACUGCCACAGGCGGCUCCCAAGCUGGACGUGGGCUUCCCCGGCUACGGGGCCGAGAGUGGGGGGGGGCUGGGGGAGGCCGGGGUCUACUACCAGGGCCUGUACACCCGCUCUCUGCUCAACGCGUCCUAGCCGGAGGGGAGCAGAGACGGGCGGGCCGGGACGCCUUCUGGCGGCUCUGAGGGGACGGGCUCGGCCCGUCUGCGGGUCUCGCUGCCCGCGGCCCGCGCCCUCUGGGGGGCAUCCCGGGGGUCGGCGCGGUGGCCUUCGGCCUCCGUCCUUUCUGCCGCCAUCUUAGCUGGGGUCUCGGUCCCCACCGGUCAUCACAUUGGCUGCCAUUUUCCUUGUUACAAUAGUCGAAGUCGGGAUUGGCUGGAGGGUCAGUGGAGAUUGAGGGGAGGGUCGGUUGCAGCUGCUCCCAUUGAACCCUUGGGUGGGGGGGAGCGCAGUGAGGGGCCCGCGGCCAGGAAGGGGACGCCCCUCUUCAGUGGCUUCUGGACUUGGACAUUAAAGCUUUUCUCUCCCCUCUCA